GAUAGAUGUCACAGGUCCUAGCCUGUAGACAUCUUUGACUCCACCUUCCUGAACAGUUUUAUUCCUUAGAGUUAAUGUAAGCUGGUGGCUUCUGGAUGAGAUGUUUGCUAUUGCUUUCCUCCUCUUGUAUUUGAUGACUUGGCAGCUGCGGGUAACGACACAGGAGAAGGUGAACCAGAGAGCAAGUCAGGCUGUGACCCCCAAAGCGGUUGCCUGCCAGCUGAGCAACUGGUCUGAGUGGACAGAUUGCUUUCAAUGCCAGGACAAAAAGUACCGAUACCGGAGCCUCUUGCAGCCCAACAAGUUUGGGGGAACCAUAUGCAGUGGUGAUGUCUGGGAUCAAGCCAGCUGUUACAAUCCCACACCUUGUCUAAGACAAGUACAGUGUGGACAGGAUUUCCAGUGCACGGAGACAGGUCGCUGCCUGAAACGCCACCUSGUGUGUAAUGGAGACAGGGACUGCCUUGAUGGCUCUGACGAGGACAACUGUGAAGAUGUCAGGGCCACAGACAAUGACUGCAGCCAGUAUGAUCCGAUUCCAGGCUCAGAGAGGGCAGCCCUGGGGUACAAUAUCCUGACUCAGAAAGAAGCUCAGAGUGUGUAUGACGCCAGGUAUUAUGGUGGCCAGUGUGAGCUGGUAUACAACGGGGAAUGGAGAAAGCUGCAGUAUGACCCCACCUGUGAGCGUCUCUAUUAUGGAGAGGAUGAGAAGUACUUCCGGAAACCGUACAACUUCCUGAAGUACCACUUUGAAGCCCUGGCAGAUACUGGGAUCUCCUCAGAGUUGUACGAUGAUGCCAAUGACCUUUUUUCUAAAGUGAAAAAUGACAGGUUUAGGUCAAAUGGAUUCAGCUUUGGCAUCGGCGUGCCGGACACCCCUAUAACAGUGGGUGUGGGUGUAUCCGACUCAGAAGACUCUUCAGUCUUGAAUAAGUUAAGCAAGUAUAAUGAGAAGAAAUACAGCUUCAUGAGAAUCUUCACGAAGGUGCAGACUGCCCAUUUUAAGAUGAGGAGACAGAAUAUCAUGCUGGAUGAAGGAAUGCUGCAGUCGUUAAUGGAGCUUCCAGAGCAGUACAAUUAUGGCAUGUACGCCAAGUUCAUCAACGACUAUGGCACCCACUACAUCACGUCUGGAUCCAUGGGUGGCACUUAUGAAUAUAUCCUGGUGCUCAACAAAGAAAAAAUGGAAUUGCUUGGUAUUACCAGCAAAGACAUUGAGACAUGCAUUGGAGGUGGCCUCGGCUUGGAAUAUGAUGAUUUUAUCAAAAUUGAAGGAAGUUUAUCAGGAAAACAUUGUGAAAGAUCUGGAACUGGCAAAACUGGAGAAAAAGACAAGAGGGCCGCRGCUGUGGAAGACGUCAUUUCUCGGGUGCAAGGUGGCAGUUCUGGCUGGGGCGGUGGCCUGACACAAAACAGCAGCGCCAUUACAUACCGUUCCUGGGGGAGAUCAUUAAAGUAUAAUCCUGUUGUUAUCGAUUUUGAGAUGCAGCCCAUCUAUGAGGUGCUGCGCCACACAAACCUGGGGCCUCUGGAGACCAAACGCCGGAACCUGCGCCAGGCCCUGGACCAGUACCUUUUGGAAUUCAACGCCUGCCGYUGUGGGCCCUGCUACAACAACGGGGAGCCCAUCCUGGAGGGCACCAGCUGCCGAUGUCAGUGUGGCCUGGGUCGCCAGGGCCCUGCCUGUGAGUGGAUGGAGCUAGAGGGAGCCAAAGCUGAUGGUCGCUGGAGCUGCUGGAGCUCCUGGUCUGUGUGCAGAGCAGGCACCCAGGAAAGGAGGAGAGAGUGCAACAACCCUGCACCCCAGAACGGAGGCGCCUCAUGCCCAGGGCGGGAAGUGCAGACCCRGGCCUGCUGAGCUGGGGGGCAUGGGCUGGAUGCUGCAGAGGGGCCACUGGCACUGGCUACUGGAUCCAAUUUUCUUUCAGCUGAGAGAAAAUGCAGAUCAACACAGAUCCGUUUUCUUUGAUCAUUCGUGGCAUCGUGGGCUUUUCUAGCAAGAACCCACAAAUUCUUCCGGCCCCCACCCACUACCCAGUUCUAAAACUGCUU